AUUAAUUUUUUUUCUAUACUAAUUACUAAUAAGAUAACAGAAGUCUCGUUAGUGUGCAGAAAUCAUUGUUUUUAAAAUAAUGAAUUAGCCCCUGUUGUGUGGACACAGUGAAACUCUUUGUCAUUUAUACUAUAACCAUGUGGUGUGGGUUAUUUAUAUUUCUUUUCAAGCACAUUUAGGGUUACAUAAAUAUAUACCUAAAAUGUCCGUUUGGUCCUAGAACAGGCGCCUUUUUUUCCUCCAAUCAGCCUGCUACCGGAAAACGCGGGGUGUAGAUUGUUUGGGCAUCAAAACACGACACUACACCUCUGCAUCCAACUUCCGGUUUUAUGUAAAUCGUAAGUAAAAAAAAUAAAUAAAAAAAAAACCGCUGCAACUAAUUUUAACCACUGAGCGGCGCUACAGUGUUGUGUUUGAAAAUCAAAAAGAAGACCAUGGUAAAGGUUCAGUGACGUCACUACCAUGGCAACGGCAUGUUGAUCAACUGGACCAGCAGAGACCGCAAGAAACUUCCCACAUCUGUGGAGAAAUUCCCCGCACGUGCGUGAAGGUGGAGAUGGGUUACCCGGAGAGGAGGUGUAUGAGAGGAGCGAGUGGCUGCUUUAAGUUUCCUGGUCCCUCCUCCAUUCCCACCAAAUACCAAACUGUGAUCAUCAGUAAUGUGGAGAGGAGAGGAUUCAGCUCCCAAGCCAAGCGCUUCACACACUCUGUGAAUGAGAAUCCCGGUCCCGGCUCGUAUUUAUCUCAUACAACCGCCGACACCCGCAGUCCAUCCUUCUCCAAGACAGGAACCGGAGGCUUUGCGUCAAAGGCUCUCAGAGUGAGCCGUAAACAUCAGAGAGGAUCUCCGGCCCCCAACACCUACAACCUGCCGAGCUCACUGCUCCGGCAGCACGACUUCAACAGGGACGUCUCCAGAACCUUCCACCCGCCCAUCGCCGUUCAAACACCGAACGCACCCCGAAAAUCACCAGCACCAAACCAGUACAACCAGGUGUGUUACAGUGGAGUGGAGGUGAAUUCAGUCGUUUCAGCCCAGUCUGCUUUUCUCUCUAAAACGGGACGCAGUGAUGUUUAUCCACCUGCACCGCGAGCACCGUCUCCAUGUCAUUACAGUGUGAAUGCCACGGUGAUACAGAAAACCCCUAUAGUACCCUCGUCCUGCUUCAAAUCCACUUCUGCCAGGAUACAGACUCUGGUGAAGAGUGAAGGCCCGGGACCAGGAUCCUACAGUCCUUAUAAAACUCCAGAACCUGUGAAGAGGACUAUUGUACCGAGAAGGCAUUAUUUAGGACUCGCAGCUCCUCCUCUGCUUCCUCCUAAAGCCCUCCCACUGCCCGGACCGGGUCAGUACGACAUUGUGAACUACGCUGGACCUCCCAAACACCUCAUGGCCAGCGCUGCGUUCGUGUCCAGCACACGUAGGGAGACGCACCACACCAGAGGACAUGGCGUCCCGGGCCCGGGUUCCUAUGAGCCAGAUGUUCCUACGAAGCGCUCAUUCCUAUACAAUCAUGACAACAUGUGGAUACCAGCAUAGAGACAAGCUUUCAGGAGAAAGACAUUACAACACUGCAGUCUCUGAUUAUGGGAUACAGACUUUACAGAAAAGAUUUAAAUACUAAGCUGUAAAUGGGCAUGUUCCACGAAUUUAUUACACAUCAAAAUCAUA